UCCACGCUACAGUGAACUUCUGCCCAUGGCCGGAAAAUGAAUGUCGUGAAUUGUCUAUCGUGUACAGGCCUGGUUCUCUCCAUGGAUUCACAACACAGGGCAACCCUUGGGAUGCACCAGUCGUUAGUGCGUUUUGGUGGUGUGUAGGCAGGAGAUGCAUAUAAGUCGAUUCGAUUCGCACCUUCUUUCCAGACUCAUCGGAUACCGACAUCUACCAUAAUUAAGCAACUGCCCUACCUCCAUUACCGCUACAACAAACCCGACGUCUUGCAUACCAUCACGCGAUAUCGUAGACGACUACAUCUCCGUGCUCCCACAACCAAGAAAACAUUACCCAUAACCCUACACGUCACAAUGUCUGCCAACUCACAGUCCGCCUACGGCCAAGAGUCCAUCUCGCGCCCAGCUCACUCCACAUCCGGCGAGAACGAAGACCCUGUCGCCGCCAUGAGCUCCUACCAAAGAAUCAUGCACGAGCACACCCGUCAACAGUUCGAGACCGCGACCGCCUCAUCACGCCGCCGGAGCGUCCAGUCAAGUUCCGACGUUUCAUCACCAUCAGAGCGAAAGGCGUCGCUGCAGUCGCAGUCAAGCGUCUCCUCAUCGUCGUCGUGAUCGACUGCUGCUUCGGAGUUUUUUGCUUGAAGCAAGUUUAGCACAUUACGUCCUUUGGUAAGGGCAAGGCGUUCAAAUGGGAUUGGGCACAUAGGUUGCGCAUCCAGGCGUGACUGGGAUCUUUUAUUCUUGGCUUUAUUCGCAAACGGUUGCGAC